AUGGCGAAACGGGCGCGGGAGGAGGAGCCAAAGCUGCAACAGCAAGCUUGCAAAAGACAACGGUCGUCUACCACAGACCGCUUGUCAUCCCUCAGUGAUGAGCUGCUCUUGAAAGUGCUCUCAUUCCUUCCCGUGCCCCAUCUUGCAACAUGUCAAAGACUAUCUCGCAAGUAUCAAAAGUUAGCUGGCGACGGACAGCUAUGGAAGUCGCACUAUUACAAUCGAUUCGUCCGGCCACGAGCGAGCAAGUUGCCAGGACUGAAAGAGCUUGGGAUAGUUGACGAUAGCCUACACUUCGCUUCCAAGGCAUCGCGAUGGCUCGAUGAUGACCAUCUCGUGAAACGUGGUGGUGCGACAGACUGGAGGAGACAGUACAAGCUGCGCCAUAACUGGGCCAAGGGCAGUUGCGCUGUCAACGAGAUUGCUAUAGCGGAGCGACCAUCUGUUCCUCCCAUACUGGUGCAAAUGGCCGAGGGAGUGAUCUACAUGGUGGACAAAGACGAUGGGCUGCGAGCAUGGGCUAGUGUUGGCCUCGGCAGUGAAGGCUUUGCACAGAUGCGACUUCGCGCUCCGAGUCCACCUACAUCCCUUGCUGUUCAACAGGAUGGCGCAAUUAAGGAUACCACCCGCCUCGCAAUAGGCUUUGAAGACGGAUCCUUCGGCAUAUAUGCAUUCCAUCACUCCACACGACGGUUCAGCUCGCUUUACACGCAUGAGACUUCUUCGGCCGGGGUCAUCACAGCAACGGCAAUGUCCUGGCCGUACGUGGUCACCAUGACCGCGACGCAACUUCUGUCGCUUUAUCGCUUUCGCGGACAACGAGUCGAUCAGUCAUCUGCUGUGUCACCUGAAACGGAAGAAAAGCACAACAGAGUACCAAGGCCCCCCAUUCUAUUACAUUCUUUACGGUCGCAGUCAGUGUGGCCGCCACUGUCAAUCCAACUCAGACAGCAGUCAACAGCAGUGACUAUAUGCGUGGCAUACGCGCUGCCGACUUAUCUCUCAGGCUGGACGGUCGGUCUGCAGGAAGUCAACGUGAGCAAAAAGGGAGGCCUCCUUAGUUCGCGUGUUGCCUCGGCCAUCGAUCAACACUACCGCCCACUGGCCUUUUCCAGUCGGCCCAUGCUCUCUCAUCUGGGUCUGUCAAGUUCUGGAACUACAGCCGCGUCAAAUGCCGCAGAGCUGAGGCACAUACACUCCAAGCCGCUCACACUUUCGUACUCUCAUCCCUAUCUCUUGGUGUCACAUCCGGACAACACUUUGACGCUCUACGUUGUAACGUCUACGGCAGAAUCGCUCUCAAUCAGUGCAGGUUCUAGACUAUGGGGCCACACCUCCGCUGUAUCUGGAGUUCAUGUGGCAUCUCGCGGCAAGGCAGUCUCAAUCAGCAGGCGGGGCGAUGAAAUACGUCUUUGGGAGCUCGAAGGAGGCUUCACUUCGUCCACGGCUCGUAAACGACUCGCAAAUGGUAACCUGAGCGUCAAAGUAAGCGCAGGACCUAGCGCUUCACGUCAUGUGAGAGCGCACGACAACGUCCGGCCUGUCAGUGGCACAAGUGACUGUGGAGAUGGGUCAGAAGAAGCCGACGAAGUUGCCAUGUCUCGCGGUUGGAUAGGCUUUGACGAAGAGAGCGUGGUAGUCUUGAAAGAAUACAGCCAAGGACAGGCACUCGUGGUCUAUGAUUUCACGUAAUAUGCAGUAUACAGAAUAGAAUUGAUGUGAGAUGACAACAC